AUGACAGAUCCUCAGAAAGAUGUAUAUCCUUGGAUCCUAUGGUUUAUUUGGAAAGCAAAGAACGACAAAAGCUUCAACGGGAAAGAAUUUUUCCCGGAAGAUACCUGGCUCCAUGCAAAGGUGGAAGCAGAAAGUUGGAGUAUCGCGAACCAACCCGAAGAAGACGAUGUCGCAGACAUUAGGAAGAUGGUCCCACCUCCGCCUCGGAUAUCCUUUCCUGAAGACCGGCAAAUCCUGAUAUACCGGAUUGAUGCUUCUUGGAUCAAUCACGGACCUGUUAGCGGCCUCGGAUGGAGUUUGGAGGAUGGCAGGGAAAAUGAGAUUUUUGGACUACAUGGAUAUCGCAGAAGUCUCUCGGCUCUUCACGCCGAGAUAGUUCUUUUUCAGACCGAUUGUUCGGACCUUAUGAGCAUACUUGGAUCUCCAGCAGAUUGGUCGUCCUUUAUGACAGAGGAGAAAUCCUUUCGUAUUCUUUGA